CUCUAAUCUCUAUAAAUACCUCUCUCAUAGAUCAUCUCUUUACUCAAUUCACCAUUACAGUUCAUCUUCCUUGCCUGUAACUCCAUUCUUUCAAUCUUCUUCUAGUUCUGUUGUUGUGUUCUACACUUUCUUCCCUUUAGAGUUCCAAUGGCCACUGCUGAGGUAGCACAAGCGACAACUGCAUUACCAGAGAAGGAGUCUAUUCCUGAGGAGUUGAGUAAGACUGAAGAGCCAACCAAAGAAGAAGUUGCAGCAUCACCGGAGACAGUUGCAGAGCCAUCCACAGAAGAAACUGCAGUAACACCAGAGCCAGUGGCAGAGGAAGAACCAAAGGAAGUAACAGUUGAUGUGGUGAGUGAGGAAACAGCUGCUCCUGUAGUUGAUGAAGCACCUAAGGAAGUAGUGGAAGAAGCAAAAGAGGAAGCUAAAGAAGAAGCAACUAAGGAAGAGCCAGUGGCAGAGACCAAAGAAGAAGAGGAGAAGGAGGUGCCUGCAGCAGAGCCACCUGUGGUAGUGGAGGAGACCAAGGAAGAAGCCAAAGAUUCCGGCGAGGUAGUGACAGCUCCACCGGAGGAGACUCGAGCCAAAGAAGAGGAAGUGAGCACUGAAACUCCAGUGGAGAAGACAGAGGAAUAGAAUACUAUGGAGAUGCAAAUGUGAGAGUGACAGUGUGGGGUAGUUCUUUGGUUUAGACUGCUUAUGUGGUGGUUUGAUAGUGAUAUAUUAAUUUGGAUCUUUCUAAGAUAAGAUGUAGGUAGAGUGGGGAACCUAUUGGAAGCUAGGAAUAGUAAUAAACCUCUUGGGCCCACAAAUCACAUAUCAGUGUCUACGUGGCAAACUUUUGUUGGAAGAUGAGUUGUAUAUCUUUUCUGCCAUGUGGUGCGUAGUGUUGCUUUGUUGGAUCCAAGUAAGGUAGAUUUGGUGUUUAUGAUGUAAGUUAAUAUAGAGUAUAAUAAUAGUAAUAAAAUAUUAUUAUUAUUCAGUGAA